GAAUUAUGUGAUGGCAUUGUUGCCUUCCCCUUUGCCCUUUGGGCCUUCCUUCCCCAGAGAGGGCCUGGAAAUUAUAAAUCUCUAUUACAUAAGGAGUAUAUAUUUGAAAUUUUUAAGUUGCCUUUAGUUUUGGUCCUGAUUUUUCUUUUUACAAUUAUCAAAAUAAAAUUUGUUAAGAAAAAGGCUCAUGUAGUUGGAGGUUUUGGUCUGGAUAUAGGAACUCCAGCCUGCGGUUAAGGGCACGGUCCUUUAGAAAGCCGAGCUGGCCACUGAAUGCCCGAAGCUUGAGUUCUUCAACCCAACUUGGGAACUCCCGGCGUGGGGAACCCACAUUGCCAGAGCUGGGUUUCCGCGACUCAGCCGGUGCUCAGCAUAACGGAAGUGGAGGAGUCGGACCUCUUUGUGGGAAGUGAAUUGAAUCACCUUGGCAACCCUCGGGGAGUGGCAACGCCCUUUCCGCCGGAAGUGGGUGUCAGAGCCUCCACGUGCUGUCCCUCCCUCUCCCCUUUUCGGCCCAUUAGCGGCGGCUCAGCUGCUGCCAUGGAGCCCGCCGGCCUGGAGCAGCUCCUACGGGAGCUGCUGCUGCCGGACACCGAACGCAUCCGUCGGGCCACGGAACAGCUCCAGAUCGCUCUUCGGGCCCCCGCCGCUUUGCCGGCUCUCUGCGACCUGCUUGCCUCGGCGGCCGACCCCCAGAUCCGCCAGUUUGCGGCCCUGCUGACCCGCAGACGACUGAACACCCGCUGGCGACGGCUGGCGGCGGAGCAACGGGAGAGCCUCAAGUCCCUGAUCCUGACGGCCCUGCAGAGAGAAACAGAGCACUGUGUGAGCCUCAGCCUGGCCCAGCUUUCAGCCACCAUUUUUCGAAAGGAAGGCCUGGAGGCCUGGCCACAGCUUUUGCAGCUUCUUCAGCACAGUACCCACAGCCCCCACAGCCCAGAGAGAGAGAUGGGGCUUUUGCUGCUAAGUGUGGUGGUGACCUCCCAGCCCGAGGCCUUCCAACCCCACCACCGGGAGCUUCUUCGGCUUCUGAAUGAGACUCUUGGUGAGGUGGGCUCUCCUGGGCUGCUCUUCUACUCCCUGCGCACUCUGACCGCCAUGGCCCCCUACCUCAGCACUGAAGACGUGCCUCUCGCUCGGAUGUUGGUGCCCAAGCUGAUCGUGGCUGUGCAGACUCUGAUCCCCAUAGAUGAGGCAAAGGCCUGUGAGGCCCUUGAGGUUUUGGAUGAACUGUUGGAGUCAGAGGUGCCCAUCAUCACCCCCAACCUCUCUGAGGUCCUCACAUUCUGCCUGGAGGUGGCUAGAAAUGUGGCCCUGGGCAAUGCGAUACGCGUACGUAUUCUCUGCUGCCUCACUUUCUUGGUCAAAGUCAAGAGCAAGGCCUUACUGAAGAAUCGUCUCCUACCACCCUUGCUGCACACCCUUUUCCCCAUUAUGGCUGCUGAGCCCCUGCCAGGCCAGUUGGAUCCUGAGGACCAGGAUUCAGAAGAGGAAGAGUUGGAGAUUGAGCUGAUGGGGGAGACUCCCAAGCAUUUUGCUGUACAGGUUGUGGACAUGCUGGCGCUACACCUGCCCCCCGACAAGCUCUGUCCCCAGCUGAUGCCCAUGCUGGAAGAGGCCUUGCGGAGCGAGAGCCCAUACCAGCGCAAGGCUGGACUCCUGGUGCUGGCCGUGCUGUCUGACGGAGCUGGUGACCACAUCAGGCAGAGACUGCUGCCCCCACUGCUGCAGAUCGUGUGCAAGGGCCUGGAGGACCCCUCGCAAGUUGUACGCAAUGCUGCGCUAUUUGCCCUGGGCCAGUUCUCAGAAAACCUACAGCCCCAUAUCAGCAGCUAUUCAAGGGAGGUAAUGCCACUGCUCCUCGCCUACCUGAAGUCGGUGCCUCUUGGACACACACACCACCUAGCCAAGGCCUGCUAUGCCCUGGAGAAUUUCGUGGAGAACCUAGGGCCCAAGGUGCAGCCCUACCUUCCGGAGCUUAUGGAAUGCAUGCUGCAGCCUCUGAGGAACCCCAGCAGUCCCCGGGCCAAGGAGCUGGCUGUGAGCGCCCUGGGAGCCAUUGCUACAGCUGCCCAGGCCUCACUGCUGCCCUACUUCCCUGCCAUCAUGGAGCACCUGCGGGAAUUUCUGUUAACAGGCCGUGAGGACCUUCAACCUGUGCAGAUCCAGAGCCUGGAGACACUGGGAGUGCUGGCACGAGCGGUGGGGGAGCCCAUGAGGCCGCUGGCUGAGGAAUGCUGCCAGCUGGGUCUGGGCCUCUGCAACCAGGUAGACGACCCUGACUUGCGGCGCUGCACGUACAGCCUAUUUGCCGCCUUAUCGGGUCUGAUGGGCGAGGGCUUGGCACCCCACUUGGAACAGAUCACCAUGCUCAUGCUGCUGUCACUGCGUUCUACCGAGGGCAUUGUGCCUCAGUGUGACGGGAGCAGCUCCUUCCUUCUGUUUGACGAUGAGAGUGAUGGGGAAGAAGAGGAGGAGCUCAUGGAUGAGGAUGUGGAAGAAGAGGAUGACUCAGAGAUCUCAGGGUACAGCGUGGAGAACGCCUUCUUUGAUGAGAAGGAAGACACCUGUGCUGCCCUAGGGGAGAUCUCUGUGAACACCAGUGUGGCCUUCCUUCCAUACAUGGAAAGUGUCUUUGAAGAAGUAUUUAAACUGCUGGAGUGCCCUCACCUGAAUGUGCGGAAGGCAGCCCAUGAGGCUCUGGGUCAGUUUUGCUGUGCACUGCACAAGGCCUGUCAAAGCUGCCCCUCGGAACCCAACACUGCUGCUUUGCAGGCUGCCCUGGCCCGAGUGGUGCCAUCCUACGUGCAGGCAGUGAACAGGGAGCGGGAGCGCCAGGUGGUGAUGGCCGUGCUGGAGGCCCUGACAGGGGUGCUCCGCAGCUGUGGGACCCUCACUCUGAAGCCCCCUGGGCGCCUGGCUGAGCUCUGUAGCAUGCUCAAGGCUGUGCUGCAGAGGAAGACAGCCUGUCAGAAUGCUGAUGAGGAGGAGGAAGAGGAAGAUGAUGAUCAGGCUGAAUACGAUGCCAUGUUGCUGGAGCACGCUGGAGAGGCCAUCCCUGCCCUGGCAGCCGCGGCUGGGGGAGACUCCUUUGCCCCAUUCUUUGCUGGUUUCCUGCCAUUAUUGGUGUGCAAGACAAAGCAGGGCUGCACAGUGGCAGAGAAGUCCUUUGCAGUGGGGACCUUGGCAGAGACUAUUCAGGGCCUGGGUGCCGCCUCAGCCCAAUUUGUGUCUCGGCUGCUCCCUGUGCUGUUGAGCACCGCCCGAGAGGCAGACCCUGAGGUGCGAAGCAAUGCCAUCUUUGGGAUGGGCGUGCUGGCAGAGCACGGGGGCCACCCUGCCCAGGAACACUUCCCCAAGUUGCUGGGGCUCCUUUUCCCCCUCCUGGCGCGGGAGAGACACGAUCGUGUCCGUGACAACAUCUGUGGGGCACUUGCCCGCCUGUUGAUGGCCAGUCCCACCAGGAAACCAGAGCCCCAGGUGCUGGCUGCCCUACUGCAUGCCCUGCCACUGAAGAAGGACUUGGAGGAGUGGGUCACCAUUGGGCGCCUCUUCAGCUUCCUGUACCAGAGCAGCCCUGACCAGGUUAUAGAUGUGGCUCCAGAGCUCUUGCGUAUCUGCAGCCUCAUUAUGGCUGACAACAAUAUCCCACCAGACACCAAGGCCGCACUGUUGCUGCUCCUGACAUUCCUGGCCGAACAGCACGCUGACAGCUUCCAGGCAGCUCUGGGCUCACUGCCUGUUGACAAGGCUCAGGAGCUCCAGGCUGUGCUGGGCCUCUCCUAGACUGCAGGCUGCAGCCAGUCCAGAGAGAACAGGAGCCUGCCCAGGCCUUAAGACCACCUCUCAGCCCAGUUCAGUUCUGCCUUACCAAAGAUUCUGGGACUCAUACCCAUUUGGCGCCAGCCCCACUUGCUGCCUUACAGGGCUGUCCCUGAGGCUGGAUCUGUUACAAAUGAGUCAUGACAUCAUACUGUAAUAAAAGCAGCUUGUUUUCUGCUUGAACA